UAGAGACUCUGAUUUAAUCGAAUCCAUCUCUUUCCGUAGGUUAAAAAAUAUUCAAACCUGGUUUAGGAAAACGUGGAGGUAAUGUCCUUACCUGGGAAAACAGGAUGCAAAUAGUUGUAGAGGCUGCACAAGGAUUGGAGUAUCUUCACAAUGGAUGUAGGCCUCCUAUGGUCCAUAGAGAUGUUAAAACUAUGAUUAUCUUAUUGAAUGAUCGGUGUGGAGCGAAACUAGCUGACUUUGGGCUCUCGAGAUCCUUCCCAAUCGAUGGUGAAUCUCAUGUAUCGACAGUUGUUGCAGGCACACCUGGUUACCUAGACCCCGAGUACUACAGAACAAACUUGCUAAGCGAGAAGAGUGACGUGUACAGCUUCGGUGUAGUGCUAUUAGAGCUAGUAACAAACCAGUCUGUGAUAGAUAAAACCCGAGAGAGACCUCACAUCAAUGAAUGGGUGGGGUUCAUGCUCACUAAAGGAGACAUCAAGAGCAUCGUUGACCCGAAACUGAUGGGCGACUAUGACACAAACGGUGCAUGGAAGAUUGUGGAGCUGGCUCUUGCAUGUGUGAACCCGUCUUCAAACCGGAGACCAACAAUGGCACAAGUUGUGAUGGAGCUAAACGAAUGUGUGGCCUUAGAAAAUGCAAGGCGACAAGGUAGUGAAGAGAUGCACACAAGAGGGUUUGUUGACUUUAGUCGCUCUUCUGCUUCCGAAUUUUCACCUGGAGCAAGAUAAAUUGAGAGAAUAUAUUUGAUGUUAUAUUAUGGAACUUCUAAAUGUAUGUUUUGAAAGAAACAAUGUACAUGGGAUGUGAGUGAAGAUGGACUUUUAUAAUUAAACUUUUAA